AUGCCUGCGCCGUCUCAAUUCAUCAGCUAUAUCGACUCUAAUGUUGACAGCUUCAUCAAACGACUCGGGGAGGCAGUAGCUAUCCCCAGCAUCAGCGGGAACGGCGCCCACCGCCAGGAUGUCUUCAAGAUGGGCUCGUGGCUGCAGAACCAGCUCAGCGCCCUCGGUGUGCAAACCAAGUCGGUCGACUUGGGCAGGCACGUUAUGGACGGCCAGGACUUGCCCCUACCCCCGGCCAUCUUGGGGAAGAUCGGCAACGAUCCGAAGAAGAAGACGGUGCUCAUUUACGGACACUACGACGUGCAGCCUGCGGAGAAGAGCGAUGGCUGGAAUACAGAGCCUUUCUCCUUGGUGGUAGAAAAGGAGACGGGCCUGCUCAUUGGACGUGGGUCUACAGACGACAAGGGGCCGAUCCUUGGCUGGCUGAACGUCUUGGAGGCGCACCAAAAGCUAGGUCUUGAGCUCCCGGUCAAUUUGUGCUUUUGCUUCGAGGGGAUGGAGGAGAGCGGAAGUGAAGGCUUAGAUGAGCUUAUCACCUCCGAGGCUGCGAAGGGAAAGGAUGGCUGGUUUGGCGGUGUUGACUGCGUCUGCAUCUCGGACAACUACUGGCUCAAUACGCGGACACCGUGUGUAACAUACGGUCUGCGCGGCCUGGCAUACUUCAAGUUGACAGUGUCUGGACCCGCUCGCGACCUGCACUCUGGUGUCUUUGGUCGCACCGUUCAUGAACCUAUGACUGACCUGAUCCUGCUCAUGAGCAAGCUCGUAGCUCCGGAUGGGACGAUCUUGGUGCCCGGCGUGGACGACAUGGUUUCUGCUGCCAGUGCAGAGGAAAAAUCCAUCUACGAUGCCUUGGACUACGAUAUCAAGGAUGUUGAAGAGGCCGCGGGCGCGCGCAUCGCUAUCUCCUCCGACAAGGCGACUGUACUCAUGGGCCGCAUGCGUUCUCCCUCCCUUUCGCUCCACGGUAUCGAGGGUGCUUUCUAUGGCGCGGGUGCCAAGACGGUCAUUCCAGCUUCUGUUUCUGGAAAAUUCAGCAUUCGGCGAACACCUGAGAAGGUCGAGCCGCUCGUGAUUUCAUACGUUCAAUCUGAGUUUGCAAAGCUCAACUCCAAGAACAAACUCAACAUCGAGAACUUGCAUGGGGGAAAACCCUGGGUGUCUGACUAUAAACACUGGAACUACGAGGCUGCCAUCAAAGCGACGGAGGCGGUGUAUAAAGUAAAGCCCGAUUUGACCCGUGAAGGUGGUUCUAUCCCCGUCACCCUUACAUUCGCAGAAAGCUUGGGCGUGAACGUUCUUCUGCUUCCGAUGGGCAGGGGUGACGAUGGUGCACACUCGACGAACGAGAAACUGGACAAGUCGAACUUCAUCGAGGGGACGAAGCUGUUGGGCACCUACUUAUACGAAGUUGGCGCGAUUAGUGCCUGA